UAACGCAGCCCUCGGCCGGUGCCCCCGUAACGCAGCCCUUGGCCAGUGCGCAUGUAGUAUCUGCUUCUGUACCUGCUGUCUCUUCAACAACCUCAACUACAUCACCAUCUUCUGUGUCUUCGACUUCCUCUACUUUCACCUCUCAGCAUCAUUCCUUAGAAUUCAAAAUACCAAUUCAAGAAACGGGAAAGUCAAUGGAUAGAGAAGAAAACAAAGAUGACAAACUGCCUGUACAGGUGAAGAUGGGUACUUUUGAUGAUUCAAAGUCCAGUGAUUCUUUCCAAUCUCCAAGGAAUCAUACCAUAAAUUCAGAUCGGAGUAGCACUGGUGAGAAAAGAAAUAUAAAUGAAAUAUUCACAGCCAAUAUUGAUCAAGCUGGGAGAGAAAUAAAAAACAAUCAAGCUUGUGCAGAUGACUCUGCAACCUGCAGACAAGUACACACACACAGACCUCAGUUAAAUGAUAAUGAUUUUGAGAGCAUUGGUAAACCAGGAGUGUUGCAGAGUGAUGUUCAGAAUAAGCAGUCAGAAACUCAGGCUGAAAGUUGCUGUGAAAUAACAAGUGUCGAUUUACAGCUCAGUCAAAACCCCGUGGAUAAUUCAAGCAACGAGAAUAAUGCAAACAGAGCCAUGCCAAAUGCCAACCUUAAUCCAAGAGAUAUGUCCAAAGAGGCCAACUCUUUGAAUUUGGGUGAUAGUAGUAGUCAGGGAGCUAAUGUUUCUUGUGACUACGAUGACAAAAACUCAAUUAAAGAACAAAAGAUUCGAGCAUUACAAGGUUAUCAGAAUGAUCAGCUGCAACAAAGCUUUUAUGAUGUUCACAGUCCAUUGAAUAUACAAUUGAAUUUUGAUGCUCAGAAAAAAAUAGGUGAGGGCGUAGACUCUGAUCAAAAGCACACAUUAAAUCAAAACGAAAAUAUUGAAUACAAAUGCAGGGCUUUUCAGACACAUAACACUGAAAUUGCAAAAAGUGGCCAUGAUGGGGCUGACUCUGAAGUUGAAUGCAUGAAAAAUGUGCAAACAAACAACAGCACAGAUUCAAUUUCCAACAGUGAACAAUUAAGCAGUUCUUGUACUGUUUGCUCAUAUAGACAUCUUUUGAUUAGUGGUGACUAUGUCAGUGAGCCAAGUGCUCAUGUGGAACACAACUCCCAAAAUGCAAAUCGAUUGAACAAUGAUCCACUGCUUCCUGCAUGUCAGCUAAUUGGCACACAGGCAUCAGGUCAGAUCAGCGAUAUGGAUGGUUUGCAAGAAAAUGCACAAAUAGAAACUACUAAGUGUGGAGGCAAACUAGAAUGUAUGGGAAUCCAGAAAUGUGAAAACUGGUUUACAGAGACAAAAUCAAAUAAAAAGUUAAAUCUGGAAGUAAAUGAUUCAAAGAGAGAAAGUUCAUCAUACUCUUGUGCGAAUGAAUUGACCCAGAGCACAUGUGAUGCUAAUCCAGGAGUAUACAAUGAGGAUGUCAAGGAACAAAGUGGGUAUAUUUAUCAAGAACCUGAUUAUGAAGUUGAAGCAGGCAAUGAUCAUGAAUUUGAAGCAGCAAUUCUGGAAGAUGCUAGGUGGCAUGAUUUUGGGAAUAGCUCUAUUAAUGCUUUGUCUACUGAGUGUGUUUCUUUGAUCUCGAGGAAAGAGCCACAACCUAAAAAGCCUGUAAAAUCAAAUGGGGACAUAACACAGUCAAAUUACCUAUUUGCAACAAUGUCAGUUCUGGUAUUAUCAGUUGUUGCUGUGUGCAUAUGGAAAUACUGCCAUAAAUAAGGACCAUUGUGACCUGAGAUAACAAGGUGUAGAGCUGGAUGAACACA